GCAGGAGGGAUCUGUAAAAGGUGAAUUCCAAGCACUUGCUGCUUCUCACUCGCCUUCCCAUGCCUGGUUUCCCUGCAGAGCUUCUCAGCCAAGCAGCCAGAGCAGGGCUGGCAGUGCCAGGAGAAGGGAUGUGGGGUUAGUGCCGACACAGAGAAGAAGCAAGCCCUGGGGGAAAGGCAGCUGCUAGCUUUGCCACUCAAGGCUUAAUGCCCUAAGAGCCCUGCUGACUCCUGCUCAGAAGCAAAGGGGAAACUGCAGGCACUCUGGACGGCCGGGCACCCGAUGAUGCUGCAUUUCCUCAAAUCAUGAUGGGACAAAGGCUCAGAAAAUGCAUCGCCCUUUGCCUGCUGCCCUGGAGCUGCCUGGGCUUUGCCUGGAGUGAUGCUGCUGGGCCCGGGACUGCCUCACCCAGGGAAGGACACGUCAGAAAGGGGCUGCCCCGAGACACUGCCAAUGGGACCUACUUGCACAACAACAUCUCAGCACCAUGCACAGCACUCGUUCCACCACGCUAUGGAUUCUACUCCGUGGACAGAGGCUCGGGCGUCUCCCUGGGCUCGGUGCUCGUGUACUGGUGCCAGGAUGGGUACCAGCUGGUGGGCAGCCAGAGGCUGUCCUGCCUCCGCCGGGACAGCGCUUCUUCCUGGAGCCACCCUCCGCCCCGCUGUCAGGCCGCCCCGAAGCCCCCAGGCACUGGCUCCCGCGCUGCGGUGGCCGCAUCGCUGCUCAGUGGAGCUGUUAUCCUGGUGCUGUCCAUCUCCUUCGCCGUCUGCUGCUGGCGCGACAGGGCGAGGAGGAGGUGUGCGGGGUGACAGCAAAGGAGGAAAGCCAGAGGAGGAUGGAGACAUGACCACUCCACUCCUGACAGGACAAGGAAGGCUUUUGAGAGACUGAAACACUAUCACCGGCGCGAUUACCACCUUUCAGCCCUUUCCAGCUCUGUGUUCCCAGGGGCACUGGCAGGCUGCAAUAACCUGGCUUUCCAAAGCAGCCCUGAAAGCCUGUUGAAGCUGCCCCUGCAGAGCUGGCACCCCACAGCGCAGGUCUUGCCCCGGCUGGUGACACCCAGCAGCGCCCUGCCCAGCCAGCCGCACCACAGCAUCCUGCCGCACAUCCUGCCCAGCCAGUCCCACGGGCCCAGGGACCUGCUGCCCCUCUACCACAGAAGCCUUGAGGAACACCAGCUCUUCAACAAGUUCGGGAGGCCAGUUUAAAAAUUUAAACUGCUGUUUGACCUUUUUUUCAGUUUCCUUUUUUCUUUUAACACCAUAGAUUCCUUGGAACUCUGCAGAGCUCAGGGAAAAAUCUCGUAAGAGCCAGUUCCUGCACCUGGAUUUUCAAAUGGACAAAAUUUGAUGUGUUAUGUUGAAAGGCUUUUUUGAUAUAAUCCCACAUGUCCAGAAAUGCACAUCUCAAACAAGAGUGCCUGGGACAAGCUUCUUAAUUCAUCAUUAAGAUGUGAGAUGUAUAAAGCCAAGCCUGAGCAGCUCCAGCUUAACCCACAGGCUGAGCAUGUGCGGACUUUCAGGUUUUAAACACAAGGGCCUGAUUUUCUGUUUCCUGCUCUUUCAAAGGCUGGAAGUGAAGACAGCCAGUUACCAGCAACAAGGAAUCUAUGUCAUUGCAUAAUUGGAAGCAUUUACAAUUCACUGCACUUGAAUGUAGGCUGAGAUUUAAAAGUGGGGAAUUUUUGCUGUUCAGAACUCACCAUAUCCUCCUAUUUCUACAGAGACAGUCUUAGACUUGCAGGAGGCAGCGACAAGUGUGCAAAGAGAGCCAGUCAAGAUGAAAAAAUGAAUUUAUCUGGAAGCUGUGGCUGCCCCAUCCCUGGCAGUGUUCAAGGCCAGGCUGGACAGGGCUUUGAGCAACCUGGUCUAGUGCAAGCUGUCCCUGCCUGUCCAUGGCAGGGGGUUAGAACUGGAUGAGCUUUAAGGUCCAUUCCAACCCAAACCGCUCUGCGAUUUCUAUGACCCAGCACAUCUGAAGGGAUUAAAAAAAAAAAAAUUAAAACCAAAACAAAGACAAAAGCCCCAAAACAACCAAAACCCAACCAAACAAAAAAGCAAGCACCAAAACUUGAAGGUUUUCAUCCCUUCUCCCCUGCAACAGAAAUUCACAUCAGGUGUAUUAGACCUACAGCAGCACCCAAAGUGCUAGCCUAAAUGCCAUCAUUGCAUUUAGAAAGCAAUGACACUCUUAUUUCUGUCCAGGAUUUCCUGGGUGGAAAUAGAGGAGCACGCUCCAGGCAGCACAUGCAGAGCCUGGCCAAGGAGCUUCAGGACAGCUCGGCUGCCAUUUGCACCACAGAACAGACCUCUGCCUGUGUACCACAACUGACACAGUGUGGGCACAUGGGACUUGUCGAGUAACACAGCAUCAUGUGUGCACAGAGAUGCUGUGCAGGUAUUACACUGUUAGAAGAGGUGCCAGCAGCCCCAGGAGCUGCUGCAUAUAUGGGGCAGCGAAUGAGAACGAGCACCCAGGAUGUGAACCCCAGCAUCACCUGCCAUCCACUGCUCAAGAAUGCAAACUGCGAUACUCAAACCUGCUACAGAGGCGAGGAGUUUGUCUGCCGACUACAUUUCUAUCCACAUUUGCAUCAUGUUUCAAGGAAAAAAGGACUUAGAAGACACAAGGUAGUACAUUCUUGAGAUAAGGCAAAACCUACUAGUGGACAUGUGGUAACCACUGCCACUUCUCCCCGGAAAAACGGCUAGAGACAUUGUUUUUUCUAUUUCUAAUAA